GUCAUCCACCCAGCUCAGGUGCCAGUGGUUCAGGAAGCCUUCUCUCCCAGUGAGGAGAGGGUGGGUGGGCCUCUGGUAUCAUUUCUGCCUUCAACCCACUCUGGACAGGGGGCAUUUGUGUACGAAGGUCACAUGACAGACCGCUACUACUGCAGGCCCAGAACAUUGUUAGUCUCCAUGGCAACGUCCUUAACCAAUCUUCAAACAAGUAAUUCAUAUCACAUUUUGUGUGCAGAAAAGAGG